AUGCGCCGUGCACGCAUGAACAAGCUCUAUGCAGGCUUCGGCUCAGAAGUAUCGAGCGCAUACUCCCCAAGACAGCAGGACGUGACCAUUCCAUCGCUCCUAGCAGCUCAGGCACACAUGGGCCACUCUACCUCUUUGUGGAAUCCGCUCACACAACCGUUCAUUUUUGGUGUGAGAGAAGGCAUUCACAUCUUCAACCUGGAUCUCACCCUCUCACAUCUCCGUAGAGCAGCGGCUGUUGUACGUGGCGUUGCUCAGGCUGAUGGCAAUAUCCUAUUCGUUGGAACACGACCUGGUCAAAAACGCAGCGUCAUUCAAGCCGCUGAGCGUGCGCAGGCAUAUCACAUUUUUAGUCGCUGGAUUCCCGGUACCAUCACGAACGGGAAGCAAGUAGUUGGACACGGUGUGGUGAAGGGCACUGUCACGCGUCACGUCAAGAACAAGUUUCCCGGCAAGAACCCGGACUUGGCCCCUGAUGCAGUUGUGCCGGACCUGGUGGUGGUGCUCAAUCCACUGGAGAAUCGUGUACUGCUCAAGGAGUGUGCAAAGGGACGAGUGCCUACAGUUGGCAUAAUUGACUCUGACUGCGACCCACGCUGGGUGACGUACAGCAUCCCUGCCAACGACGACAGCCUGCGGUGCACCUCGCUUAUUGCCGGCGUGCUCUCGCGGGCCGCUGCAGAUGGAAGGCAGCAGAUGAAUAUGCCGGACUGGGUUCAGGAAGAGGCACAGAUCGCGGCCUGA